UGUUUAGAAAGGCUCCUUUAAAUUUUUCCUUAAAUUUGAUAGUGGUACCUAAACCCGCUUCGUCGCUAUAAUUAAAAGAUCAAGUAAGUAUGCUACAUAAAAAUUUGUAAAGCUAAAUAGAAUUGCUAUAACUUAUCCGUUUCCUCUAACUGAAAUUGAAUGGAACUUGAUAUUCAGGAAGUGCCCGUCGAAGAGUUUUAAAUUUCGUAAAGAUAUCUGAACCCUUCUGAGCAGUAUACUUAAUGUACCAGAAUAAAAUAAAGAAUUAUAAAUCAAUUACGUUCGACGAAUGAUUCUGCUGCGUCUGAUGUAUAGAUAUAUUGCGAACACCACGUGUUCGGAGCUCGAAGCGGUAAGACUUCAUUUAAAAAUGGCGCUUGUACAUCGUGUUAAUACAAAUUAUAGUUCAUUAUUAAGCACGUUUUACUCUAAAUACGCAGUAAAUGUAAGGAGGUUCAAAACACAACAGAAUUUAAAAAUAUAUGCAAAGUCUCAAGAUGAGACAAAACAUCAGGAGUAUAAAACUUUUGAACAGAUGAUUACGUUCAGGCAAGAGCAAGCAGGGAGAAGUGUACUAGUUAGAAUACAUUCCUCCGAAUGUGUGAGGGAACUUGAAAAGUUUUGUCAGCGUUAUACAAAGAUCGUGAAGAUAUUACCAUAUACCACGAUGAACGAUCAAAAUUUCGUGUUAAUGGAAUUGGAAUCGAAGAAACAAGUGGAGCUUUUGAGAGAAAUAGCAAAAUACAAGCCUCUAGAAGACUGCAUACGCUUAGUGACACCGAUAUUUUUUUACUCGUUAAGAGAAACUUCUCAUGUCGAUAAGAGAAAGUCGCAUAGUCUGUCGCAAAGCUGCCCAUACUCCAGGUUCAAAGUUCCAUCAUCGAAAGAAAUCAGAGAAACAUUACAGCAAAAAGAAUCUGUGUCAGAUCAAAUGAUGUCGCUUUAUUCGUUAUUGAAAUUCACGGAUUUAAACGUAAGAUUAAGAUUUUAUACCGCCGACCAGAUGUCCUAUUUCCUGUCUAGACUAUUUUCGAAUUUAUCCGUGAUACCGUUCGGAUCCUCCGUUAAUGGGUUCGGCCAAAUGGGAUGCGAUCUAGACUUACUGUGCAAAGUCAACAGUUUCAACCAUGUGAAAAACCCGGAAGAUAUGAGUAGAAAAUUUCUAUAUCUGGCGCCUCCUAUGUUCGUUACGGAGAGAACCGACCAAAAGGAAUUUCUAGAAGCGGUGGCCACGUUAAUGAAGAUGUGCAUCCCCGGUAUCGCCGGUAUUAAAAAGAUUUUGGAAGCUAGAGUGCCUAUUAUUAAGUUUUAUAACAUAUUCACGAACAUGCAGUGCGACUUGAGCAGUACAAACAUGAUCGCGUUACACAUGUCCGAAUUGCUGUACCUGUACGCCGAACUGGACUGGCGGGUGAAACCGCUCGUUUGUACCAUACGCAAAUGGGCAAGGAACGCUACUCUGACGAAGGAGAACCCUGGCCACUGGAUAACUAAUUUCUCUCUCACGUUGUUAGUAAUAUUCUACUUGCAAACGAGAAGCAUAUUGCCCUCCUUGACUGGGAUGAAGUAUUACGUUGACUUGCAACAUAAGAAUAAUAAGACGUUAAUCAACGCUGUACCGUGGCAACUCAAGUGGAAAGAAACUAUGAAGCAUAAGAACAAUGAGAAUCUGUACAACCUACUGUACGGUUUCUUCGAGUACUACAGUAUUUUCGACUUCAAGAGGCAAGCGAUCUGCGUACGAGAGGCGAGGCUGAAGCAGAAGAGAGAUAACUCGCCGCUCUACAUUUACAAUCCCUUCGAUCUAACGUUGAACGUUAGUAAGAACGUUACCGUUCUCGAAUUAUCGCGCAUAAUCGAUCAGUUCCGGAACGCUCUGCACGUGCUAUUGGAAUCGCAAGAAAGGGACACCAUCAUGAAAUUAAUCGACGUACAGCAAACUACGCGGGAACGAAACGUGUACGUGUCGCAGAAAAUUAACGUGAGCGACAAAAAAAGUGACCAUACCAUCGAACAAAGCGCGAGGAAAGAAGACGAAGUGUUAAAAGACUCGGAAGUUAUAGACGAGGAACUGAUAACGAAUGAAUGUGAUACCGAGGAAACAAAAAAGAUGGAGGAAAGUAUAAUAAAGUAAUCAUGAAUGCAACGCAUUAUUGUAAAUUAA